GAGCGGGCAGUGUUUUGAACGGGACGGCGCGUGGCUUUCCUCGCUCGUUGCCAUGGAGACCUGCCCCGGAAGUGAUAUCUAGCCCGGUUGGGGGGUCACACGACACAUCCGCCCUCCUUGACGUCGCGGUGUCAGUGGCCCCGGAGCAGGGAAAGACCGUGGGAAUGUCGAAGCGUAAGGUGUCGUUUGAGCUGGCUGGAGGGGACCAGCAGGACAGAGUGAAUGACAGGCCCACUGGUGGGCCUGGCAGCCGUUUCAAAGGCAAACAUUCCUUAGACAGCGACGAGGAGGAUGAUGCGGAAGACCAGCAUUCCCGGAAAUAUGACAUCCUGGCUACGGAGGACAUUGAGGGUGGGGAAGGUGGGUACAUCGACUAUGACGAGGGGAUCAAAAUCACGCCCUUCAACCUGGACGAGGAGAUGGAGGAGGGGCACUUCGACUGAGGCAACUAUUUCCUGAAGAAGGAAGGGCUCAUCCAGGACAACUGGCUGGACAACAUCGACUGGGUGCGGGUACAGCAGAGGCCAGCCCGGGCCAAGGUGGGUGACGAGGGAGCCGAACCGCUGGCCGACGUGCGCACCCUGUUGGAGGGGAUCCUGGAGCUGCUGCGACACGAGACGGUCAGCAAAGCGCUGAGGAGGCUGGGGGGCGCAGGGCCCCCCCAGAGGAAAAGGAGGAGGAAGGCGGCAGAACAGGAGGUGGACGAGGCGGAGCGGGGGGAUACCGAGAGCCUGGACAGGCUGACUGGCCUCGCCGACCAGAUGGUGGCCUGGGGAGAGUUUGAGAUCUACCAGGACACAUACGAGAAGAUCCGCUACCGUCUGCGCAAGGCCAACGAUGAGGCCGUGCCAGGCACAGGCCCCACACAGACCCUGGACAUGUUCGCAGAGCAGAUCGACGAGAGCCCAACUACAGCCAAAAGCAGAGUCAACACCGCACUCCGGUAG